AUGCAGACUAAUGACAUUACAGUUAGCGAUAGUUGCUCCAAUGGGACGGCAACAGAUACAAGUGGUCCUCAUUUGGUCUCGCUGGUUAAGGAAAAGCUAGAUGCCACUGAUGUCAACUAUUUGGUAGUCCCGGACGAGGCAGACGUAAUCCAGAAACUGCUCAUCUACCAGUGCGAUGUGCUGAAGGUUCGUGCCGUAUUCACCACCGGUGGUACUGGAUUUGCUCCACGUGAUGUCACUCCAGAGGCCACAAGGGCAGUUCUGACGAAGGAGGCCCCUCAAUUGACGAUGGCAAUGACCUUGACCAGUCUGGAAAAGACCAAGUUCGCCGUCCUGUCGCGGGCUGUGUGCGGUGUUCGGGAGAAGACAUUGAUCGUCAACUUUCCCGGCAGUAAAAAAGCCGUUGACGAGUGCUUCCACUCGAUUGUGAAUGUGAUUCCUCACAUUCUUCAGCUGAUGUCCGAUGAGAUUCCGAAGGUUAAGGAGACCCACCGAAAGAUACAGUCUGGCGAAGGCCAUGUGCACGUUUGUCCGCAUGCCACUGGCAAAGGUGGGGACGAUAGAAAUUCUCCAUACCCGAUGUUGGAGGUUGUUGAUGCGUUGGAAAUCAUAAUGUCUACCAUUGCGACUCAGAAGAUUCCGCGGAAGCAGAUAAGCCGGGUCAAUAUUCCUCCGUUCAGGGCGUCGGUCAAAGAUGGGUACGCGCUGAAGUCAUCCGGAGAUAAGGGUGUGAAACGAGUCGUUGGUUACGUGGCCGCUGGUAACGGGAUAAUCCGCGAUUACUUCGACAUCGAUCAGUGCUACAAGAUUAACACCGGCGCUCCUGUUCCGGACCAGGCGGAUGCGGUGAUUCAAAUCGAGGAUACAAAACUAAUUUCCACGGAUAAUGACAUUGAGAAAAUCAUUGAAGUGCUAUCCAGCCCAAGUCCGAACUUGGAUAUUCGUUCCAUCGGAAGUGACCUCCGAAUGGGUGAGGACGUUUUCGAGCAUCGCUACCCGCUGGAUGCUGCCCAGCGGUCACUGUUGGCAUCCAUCGGAGAGACUAUCAACGUGGGGCAGCUGAGGAUUGCGGUCAUUUCUACCGGUGACGAGCUGGUUCACCCUUAUGGGGAUGGAGCCCAAACGGGGACGAUAGAGGGAAAAAUCUUCGAUUCGAACACGACCAUGCUGGUCCAGCUGUUGAGACAGUUUGGUUUCACCGAAGAACAGUGCCUGGUGUCACAGAUUGUCGUUCAUGAUGAUUACCAGUCUCUUCGCAAACAAAUCGAAAUCCUAACAGGAUCGGUGCACGCCAUCCUUUGCACCGGAGGAGUUUCAAUGGGGGACAAAGACUUCGUCAAGCCAGUGCUGAAGGAUCUCGGCUAUGAUUUAAAGUUUGGACGGGUCAACGUGAAGCCCGGCAAGCCGUUUACGUUCGCCAGCAAGGAUAUCACGCGUUUCUUUGGCCUACCCGGCAAUCCAGUUUCGGCCUUCGUUACGUUCCAUUUGUUUGCGCUUCCGGCCCUGAGGAAAUAUCUGGCCACGUUGAAUCAAACGACAUCUAACUUGGCAAAGUGUCAUCUACCCAAGAUCACCGUCAAGCUCCUAACGGAAAGCUACGAGCUGGAUCCUCGUCCGGAGUACGCCCGGGCCAGCAUCGUCUCCAAGGGUGGUGAACUGUGGGCACAAAUCACUGGCCAGCAGAUUAGCAGUCGGCUGAAGAGCAUCGUUGAGGCAGACGUUCUGCUUCACUUGCCUGUGCGAUCGCCAUCGAAGACGACGAUCGUACGCGGAGAGUCGGUGACGGCCUUGACGCUGAGGGCGGAUUUCAUUUCUGCAUAUGAGUAGCAGUCAAGAUGAAAUUUUAAGAGUAGCUAGAAGCAAGCAUAAUAAACUAG